GACGUACUUCCGGAAAGGCCCUCAGCCUGAAGAGCUCCGAGACCAGAAUCCAGACUCAGUCCAGGACAACACGGUCCACCAGUCACAGCGGAGACCUGCAGGACGAUGGAGAACCAGAACCCGGACCACAGGAGCCAAACAGCAGCCUCGUGCUCUGAUAGCACCGAUGUUCAGAAACGGAGAGGAGGAGAUGGACUCAAACGUCACCACUGUCAGCUCUGUGACAAAUCCUUUAAAGCAUGCUGGUAUUUGAAGAUUCAUCAGAGAGUUCACACUGGAGAGAAACCAUACAGCUGUGACCAGUGUGAGAAAGCGUUCACUACAUCAGGUGACCUAAGAAUCCACCAACGUGUUCACACUGGAGAGAAACCCUACAGCUGUGUACAAUGUGGGAAAGCUUUCACUCAAUCAAGUCACCUAAAAAUCCACCAACGUGUUCACACUGGAGAGAAACCAUACAGCUGUGACCAGUGUGGGAAAACAUUCAUUUCAUCAGGUGGCCUAGAAAUGCACCACCGUGUUCACACUGGAGAGAAACCGUACUGGUGUGACCAAUGUGGGAAAUUUUUCACUAGUUUUAGGAGCCUAUAUGUCCACAGACGUGUUCACACGGGAGAGAAACCAUACAGGUGUGACCAGUGUGGGAAAACAUUUGCUACAGCAGAUGAAUUAAAAAAGCACUAUCGUGUUCACACUGGAGAGAAACCUUAUAAGUGUGACCAAUGUGGGAAAGCUUUCACUACAUCAGGGAACCUGAAAGUCCACCAACGUGUUCACACUGGAGAGAAACCAUACAACUGUGACCAAUGUGGGAAAGUUUUCACACAAUCAAGUGAACUAAAAAUCCACCAACGUUUUCACACUGGAGAAAAACCGUACAGCUGUGACCAGUGUGAGAAAACUUUCUUUACAUCAGGGAAACUAAAAAUCCAUCAACGUGUUCACACUGGAGAAAAACCCUACAGUUGUGACAAAUGUGGGAAAGCUUUUACUGCAUCAGGUGAACUAAAUAUCCACCGACGUGUUCACACUGGGAAUAAACCGUACUGGUGUGACCAAUGUGGGAAAGUUUUCUCUAAAUCAAGUACAUUAAAUGUCCACCAACGUGUUCACACCCGGGAUAAACCAUACAGCUGUGACCAAUGUGAGAAAACCUUUACGCAGUCUGGUAACCUUAAACGCCACCAACGCAUUCACACUGCUUCGGUUUAAACAUUUUUCAGAUCCAAACAAGCUGUUUCCUCUUGCCCUGAUAGCUGUGUUGUUUUAUUAGCAAGCAUAGUGUUAGCGCAGGCAGGCAAUGAAGUCAAGCUCUGCUCUCAAUCCCAGCCCCAUCAGCUGAUUCCUCUCUUAGCAUUAGUUGUUAAAUAAGAUACCUUAUAUUCAACUUAAGCUGCUAUAGUCUGCUUGCCCUUGCUGCUUCUUCUGCAAGCACCUCAGAAGCACCAGACAAGAAACUGUUUCAGCCGCUGAUCCUCGAGGCCCAGCCCAGCAGCCCACUCCACAGUGGAUAAUCAUCCUGACAACUGGUCCAGGAUCCAUUCAUCGCUCGCCAGCACAAACUAUAUCCAAGACCUGGCAAGUCAAGUUUUCCUGGCACAGCUGGCUGUUUUCCUCCCCGGGUGCAGGCCUGUGACGCCCGGCGAUUACUUCCCUCUAGCAGCAUCGGAGGUAUCACUGUCCCUCAGAGAUCGCUGUGAAGAGCAGUUCCAGUCUCCUCUGUGGGUUCGUUUUGUUCUUUCUCCUGCCACAAUCUCUCCCUGAGCUGAGAAAAGCUCUGGGGAAACAUCCCCACAACUUCCUGUCAAAUAGUUGAUUGCAGGAUUGGUUCAGGGGCCUGACUUGGUUGCCAAAGUGUCAUUUUUUUGUAAAAAUUAAAAGUCACAUUAAUUAUUUUUAAUGUAGUAAGCUAACGCUAAAGCCUCGAAUGUACUCAAAGCGGACGCAUACACGGACAUCUGAGGACACAAGGGACUACUUCUAAACUACUGUCAGGUCAGCGGACUCGCUUCACACAUGUGUGUUUGUUUUUGGGGACUUUCCAUUUAGGCACGUGGUAGGGACAUCCCAGAACAGAGCCAAACUUAACGCUUCUUUGAUGAAAGUUGUCCUGACUGAACUGAUUUUCUCUACAAACUGAGGGGGAGACAACAGUAACUUUAUAUUCUGAUCAGCAUGUAUGUUAUCGUGGCUGCGACUACGUACUGUGCUGCCCCUCUCACCAUAAUCCUGUUGUCGUCACACACAAAGAGGCCACACCUCCAACCCCCGUCCAGGAAGAAGUGCGUUUUAAGGAUUCCUGAUCUACUUGGACUUUUACUUUCCAAAGAAAAAAAUAGCUACUUUGUUCUUUAUGUAAAUUUGUUGAAUGUUUAUGAGCCAUCUCUUUAUUCAUGUAGUUUAGUUUUCAUCCCACCUAAAAUUUACUUUUACUGUUCCUGUAAUUCAUGCAAGAAAAUAUUGCUAGCACUUUUCAACCUUCACUACAAUGGAGUAUUUUCUCACAGUCCAUUAAUCUGUCAUGUUAUCGCUCAGGUAUUUCCUUUCUGAAUAAGCUGUUAUAAACAUGCCCAUCAGUGUUUCAGCAUUUGAUGUCAUCAAACUGCUUGUUUUGUCCAUCUUUAAACCUUUAAAACUGUUCAGUUUAUUAUCAAGUAAGACAAAGAAAAGAAGCAAGUCUUCAUAACUAAGAAACUGGAAUCACAAUAUAGUCGAUUACGAUUGUUAAUCAAAACAAAUCUUCUGCCAAUGCAGGGCUCUACAGUGCAACCAUUUUGCUCGCAUAUGCCCCUAAAAAUCAAAUGUGCGAACCGGAAAAAUGAUUUAUGAGCACAAUGUGCAAGUAACUUACCAGAAAGAUUUCCACUGCUGCAACGUUCCCCUGGUUUUACUGAAGUUAUUGUAAUACUAUUCAGUAGUCUUGUUUAUAUCAGGUGUGUUUGUGUGGGUACUGCUGGUGGAUUGUGAAUCCGUCCCUGGUUCAAAAACUACACAAGCACCAAUUACAGUAACGUUUAUUGUGAGUGUUUGAAAAGCUUUUAAAUGUAUCAAAGUUUCAAAACAUCUGUUUCAGUAUUUUAGAAAUUCUUUACAAAUUAUUAAGGCCGAUGCCGAGUGACCAGAUAACAGGGUCUUCACUUCCGUACUCCUCCAAUGGUUUCACCCCAUAGUUGAACACAAGGAGAAAGACAACACACGUAGAAUUAAUAUGUAUAUAAUCAAUAGUUUGUUUAACUCUGUUACUUGAACAUUUUCUGCUGUGCUCCAAAAAAGGUUAGCGUAGAGCCCUGCAAUGGAUCGGGCUUAGUUGUCAUCUCCUCGGAGGAGGUUUACUUCAACUGUAAGUGUACUUCUGCGUCGAAUCGACGGCAUAGGGGGCUACGCCGUCGCCUGACAUGCAUGUCCUCAAAGAUUUAGCUACACGCCGAGUCGACGGGGACCAUAAGCUCUGUGAUUGGUCGGCUGGGUAGCCUCGCAAUGCCGCUAAAUUAACGGAGCGCUAAGAAUGACGGAUACACAGACGCACAUGUAUAAAUGCCUGGCUACGUGCGUAGACCCUACGCAGGAGUAGAAAUCAAGCUUAACUCUUCCCCUCCUGCGGAGCCUGAAUCGGCUUUUUUGACACGCCAUUUCAUUUCCUCGUUCAUACUGUGUGGAUCUCAAAGCUGCAGAUCAUUGGCAGAAGGAAACAAAACGAUCUAAAUCAUGGUUGUAUUAGUUCGUUACCCAAACAUGGUCUUCCACAUGACUGCUUUUGGACAGAGGCAGCGAUCUGUGGACAUUGCGAGUCACCCUCAGAAUUAAAUAUAUGGGUGAUGCUGUCCUUCAUUUGACUCUGUGGACAUUAAGGCAGCUGUCAGGUUGUCAGGCUAAAACAUUUACUGUGGGCUACAACUUCAGUAAUCACCGUUUAAAUCAAACUAAUCUGUAUUAAGCUGUAACCUAAAUGAACAGUCAUCUGUC